UGACGUCACGCGCGGCCUCCACGUCGCCAGGGCAGCGAAGAUGGCGGCGGCCGAGGGGAGUGCCGCCGGGGCGCCGUUGUUUCCAGGUCUCACAGAUGUGUCAAUAUCUGAAGACAUUCCAGUGGAAGGGGAGAUUACUGUUCCUGUGGGAUCUCACUCUCCUGAUGAAGACUUCUCCACGCUGGAUGAGCCUGUUAGGGAUACCAUUAUGAGAGACCUGAAGGCUGUUGGGAAGAAAUUUGUCCAUGUCAUGUAUCCCAAGAAGAGCAGUGCACUCCUCAGAGACUGGGACCUCUGGGGCCCUUUGGUGCUUUGUGUCUCGCUUGCUCUGAUGCUGCAGGGUGGAUCAGCAGAUAGCAGAGAUGAUGGAGGGCCCCAGUUUGCCGAGGUCUUUGUCAUCAUCUGGUUUGGUGCUGUUGUCAUCACACUAAACUCAAAGCUUCUUGGAGGAACAAUAUCCUUUUUUCAGAGCUUGUGUGUUCUGGGUUAUUGUGUCCUGCCUCUCACAGUGGCCAUGUUGGUGUGCAGGCUGGUCCUGCUGGUAGGCUCUGGGACCAUCAGCUUCAUCAUACGUCUCGUUGUAGUGAUAGCCAUGUUUGGUUGGUCAACGUUGGCUUCGACAGCUUUCCUGGCAGACAGUCAACCUCCGAACCGCAAAGCUCUCGUCGUGUACCCCAUCUUCCUCUUCUACUUUGUCAUCAGCUGGAUGAUUCUCACCUUUACACCUCAGUGAUCUCCCACCAGAAGAGACUGUGUGAUACAAACUGGAGUUCUUUUCAUGAACGCUGCUGCAGUUAAUCAUUGGCUUUAUCUCUUUCUAAUUUAUAUAGAGAGGUAUUGUAAAAAAAAAAAGGCAGGUUAUGGGAUAAAGCCAGAGAACUGCACAAAUGGGUCGUUUGUCUGUCCCUCUUUUUGAAGGAUGCAGAGUUCCAGCUGCUGAGGGGUUUAUUAUUUAGCUCUGCUCUUCAGUCAUGUUAAAUAAAAGAUGCCAGCUGUGACAGGGACCGUUCCUCUGAGGAACAGAGCGAGGCGCUGGGUAGGUGAAGAGGAAGCCACAGGAUGGCACGAGUUGGCAGAGUCCUUGCUGUGCCUGGAUUCUCACUGAGGAUGAAUAUGCCUUAUGAAACAACAGAACUGCUGUUAGGUGUUGGGUAAGGAAGAAAUGUGCUCACCUCCAUUCCCUUCUGAAGCAGAGAAAUGUAUAUAAAGCACAUCACAGCACUGUGAGCUCUCACCUUGAAACUAGAGCUGAGCAAAAACUUGGUUGGGUCCAUUUUACAGGUUAACAGGAGCUGGGCAGAAGGGAGUUGCCUUUGCUUAUAGUCAUGUGUGUUUGUUUUGUCCCUUCAUGUGUUAAGAAAGAGUGUUGCAGCCAAAUGCCUUUGACACCACAGUUCCACUGAUCCACCCAUUUGGUGAGAUGGAGUUUGUUUACACAGGUUAGUUAAACAGCUUUUCAUGUGUAGAAAAGGCCAGAGAGGUAAAAGUCCUGGAGAAACAAAACUGGUUUGCAGGAGGGAUUUUACCUGUCCUAGCAUACUGAGAAUGAAAAACUGUCUGGAGUCUACCCACUGCAGUGUCUACAUGUAUUAAAAACCCAAAGUGAGUCGAGGUUUCAGUAGGUGAGAGGUUUGGGUGUUAACAUCCACCACCAGGGCUUGUGCCUGAGAGUUUUAAGUCAGGUUGGAGGAGGAAAACUGAAUUGUGUUGAAGGUGGUGGCUGCUGUGAAGCUGGAGAUGAAUUCUGCUCUGACUUGCUCAGAUGAGGCUUCAUUUGGUUGCUUGGGUGGACAGCACUGAAACAUAAAUGUGUAUGAAUUUCAUAUGGUUUCUUGGUCCUUAGAGGUUUGGGUUUUAGGAUUGGUGUUUGGUUGGUUGUUUUUUUUUUUGCUUACUACUUUUUCUGACAGGGGAGGAAGUUUCCUCCUGUUCCUUGUAGGUGCCCUGUGCACCUGUCUGGAGAACCACCUACAGGGGUACGAUGUCACUUAACUUUCAGCGCAGGGAUUGAGAGCUAGAGAGCUGCUCGUUGAAAACUGUAUGGGAAUUAUUUAGGCUGUAUGUUAUUGUCAGUGUCCAGGGAAAGAGCUUUGAAUCAUCUGGGGAAGAAAAGCUGCUCUUAAAAUGUCACUUUUCCUGAAAAGGAGCAGCAUUUUGUUUCCUUUUUCCUGUAGUGAGACCUGUACUGGGUGCAUGUGAGCUCUGCUGAGGUGCAAGCAUGCCUAAUUUAUAUCUGAAAGUGCAGAUCCUGCUAUAAACACUGCAGACAUUUGACAGUUGGGAUGGCAAAUCCCAGAUGUGCAGAUUAAAAGGGCAUUUCUUUCAUUUCUGGGAGCUCAGAGAAGUGGGAAGGGAAAAGCUGCUGCCAGCAGGGAUCCAGCUUUGCUGCACAGCAGGAGGAUGUGCCAGGCUGACGCAGCUCAUGCUGUCCCCUUACACCUGCACCCACAGCUGUUGUAGGUGCUGCAGGAGGACCUGCAGUGUUUCCUCUCUGUGGGAGUGUGUUGGAAAUGGGAAAUUUGAAAACUUCCAUUAAAUUAUUACUGGUGUGGAAUACGAUUUGGUUUUCUUUUCUAUUCAAGUGCACAGUUCUCAGUUUGUUUAAUCAUUGCUUUAGCUUUAUGAAGGUGAAAAGUACUCAAGGGAAGUAGAUAGUAAAGCUGUUGAUUGUUGCAGUGGGGUUCUUUGAGCCAAGAAUUUAACCCUCCUUUCAGAGAAAUCCUUGGAGUUCUGCCUCUGUAGUGUCUUUUGGUUGAAGCUGAUAGAUACCUGAAAGAUACUUGGAGUCACAUUUAAUUGAUGCACUCUGUCUGAAAAGAAGGGAAACUGGUUUUAAGAGGAAUUAAAGUUCCAGCUUUUUCCUUA